GUAAUGUAAUUGCUAUAAAGGCUGUUUUUACUUUACUUUAUUAACUAUGUGUAUGGAAAGAAGCAAUGUAGUUGCAGGGCUGAAGUACGAUCAAACCCAUAUAUAUUUUCCAUUAUUAAGAACUAAUCUUCUGACACUGAAUCAAGCCCAGCAAAUGAAAGGUGGGGUGGGCGGAGCUUAAACUUGUUUCUGUUGCUUCAGCUUAGUAAACUGCGCUGUCCUCGUGUAAGGAUCUUGUUCAGGUUGUGCAAGUGUGCUGCAACAAGGGAGAAGAGUGCGUUGUGUGGUGGGCUAGUUUUACUUCGCUGUGGGAUUAGUGAGCAGGCACUACGGUAUACUGCGCAGUGGCCUAGUUGAAUCCAGCCAUGGCGAGUGACAUUAUCAUGUUAAUGAGAGGCCUUGCUAAACUUAGCAAGGCAAUUCUAGAGACUCAGACGGGUCAGCUGCAACAAUCUUUAAGUGGUGAAUCAUUCACACUGGCAAGAAACCUACAAGCGACUGCAGAGCAAUCCUUAAGUGCAGCAGUUGGAAAACUCCAGGAGUUUGGCAUUCAGCAGGAAAACAUUGCACACUUAAAUGAGGACCAGAAUGCUGAGAACCUUUCAGAUGGACCUUUGGAAAGUGCAGCGCAGGAGUAUGCCACAACCAUGGACUUUUCCGCUGGUACCAUGACAGGAAAUCCACUUAAUUUUGAUUCAUCUGAGAACCUAACUAGUGGGUCAGAAGGUGACAAAGUUGAUACAGCAGCUGUACCUGAUCAGUUUUCUGCACAAAAGAGUGGCCGGACGUCUAAUGUUAAGGAUACAGAGGGCCCAUUUACGCCUCUUGGACAGAGGAGGACUUUCCACCAAGAUCAUUCCUCAGUCAGUGGGCUCACAGCAGAGGACAUUGAAAAAGCCAGGGAGGCUAAAGCUACUUCUUCAUCCAAACCUCACAAGCAAAUGCUAAGUGAGAGAGCACGAGAGAGAAAGGUACCAGUAACACGCAUUGGAAGACUUGCUAACUUCGGAGGUUUGGCUGUUGGAUUAGGAAUUGGAGCAUUAGCUGAGGUUGCCAAGAAGAGUUUAAAGCAGGAAGAACGUAAUGGAAAAGCUAUUUUAGACUCUAGCCCAUUUCUGUCUGAAGCAAAUGCAGAGAGAAUAGUACGGACACUGUGCAAGGUUCGAGGAGCUGCUCUGAAACUGGGUCAGAUGCUGAGCAUCCAGGAUGAUGCCUUCAUCAAUCCGCAGUUACAGAAGAUUUUUGAACGUGUGCGACAAAGUGCUGAUUUCAUGCCAGUAAAGCAAAUGCUGAAAGCCUUGAGCAAUGACCUGGGUCCUAAUUGGAGAGAUAAAGUGGAGUUCUUUGAAGAGCGACCUUUUGCUGCUGCUUCUAUUGGUCAAGUGCAUCUUGCUAGGUUAAAGGAUGGGAGAGAAGUUGCCAUGAAGAUACAGUACCCCGGUGUUGCUGAUAGCAUUCACAGUGAUGUAAACAACUUAAUGGCAGUUCUGAGCAUGAGCAAUGCAUUACCUGAAGGUCUGUUUCCUGAGCACUUAAUUGAGGUUUUGAGUCGCGAACUGGCUUUGGAGUGUGAUUACAAACGAGAAGCUGCUUGCGCUAAAAAAUUCAGGGAAUUGAUCAAGGACGAUCCAUUCUUUUAUGUUCCCGCUGUAAUUGAUGAGCUUAGUAGCCAACACGUCUUGACAACUGAACUUGUUUCUGGAUUUCCAUUGGAUCAGGCAUGCGGGCUUAGCCAGGAGAUAAGAAAUGAGCUUUGUAGCAAAAUCUUAUCCUUGUGCCUGCGAGAGUUGUUUGAGUUCCGGUUUAUGCAGACAGAUCCAAACUGGUCCAACUUCUUUUAUGAUCCUCAAAUGCAUAAGGUUGCCUUGCUGGACUUUGGAGCUACCAGAGGAUUUGAUGAGCACUUCACUGACACUUAUGUUGAGGUCAUUAAAGCAGCUGCUGAUCGAGAUAGUGAAAAGGUGCUGAAAAAAUCUGUUGAAAUGAAGUUCCUCAGUGGUUAUGAAACUAAGGCAAUGGAGAAAGCUCACGUAGAUGCAGUCUUGAUUCUGGGAGAGGCCUUUGCAUGUGAUGGACCUUUUGAUUUUGGUUCCCAGAGCACCACAAAGAGAAUCCACAGCCUUAUUCCUGUCAUGUUAAAGGAAAGGUUGAUUCCUCCUCCAGAGGAAACCUACUCAUUACAUCGUAAGAUGGCAGGUUCCUUCCUGAUCUGUGCCAAGCUGCAAGCAAAGAUUCCAUGUAAACAUAUGUUUGAUGAAGCUUACACCAAAUACUGGAAAAGAAAAUCCCAGAAAUCAGAAGUAUAAACAAUUACAUGACCUGCUGUUCUCCUUGAAGACUCCUUAAGCAAUAGUAAGAUAUGGUGCCUCCAUCCUGUGUUCAUAGAUCAUGUGAUUUGCAGUGAAUUUGUCCUUUUUCAUGAGAAAAUUUUAAACUUUGUGAAAAUCCUUCAGAUUUGAAAUCAUGAAAAAGGGAAUCUGUGUCUUGGAUAAAGAUGUCUCAGCAGUGUUCUGGAAAUGUAACAUUAAUGUUUGUCCUGUUCUCUGUUAUCGACAAGAGGCCAGUUAAAUGUGUGUAGUGACUUCAUUAUGCACAUUUUAGUGUUGUGGUUCACAGCAUAAUAAGUCAUUCGGUGGAUUAUGUAAGAAGGUGACUUUUCAGAUUACUUUCCAUGUAAUGUACCUUUUAUAUAGCUCUUAAAUUUUGUAAAAUUAUGUGCAGACGGAAUUUUCACAUUGUAAAAAGAAGUGUUUAAUGUCUAAUUGUUAAAUAAAAUUUUAAUUGAGCAAGUCA